UAUUAUCCAUUAAUAAUGUGACCGCUGUUUUGAUCGCCGGGCGGUUAAUCAUUUGUUGACAAUAAUCGCGAGUGUGAAAAUGGGGAGAAUUUGCAAAGUUGUCGUUUGUGGGAGUUCCUGCGUAGGAAAGACAGCAAUGCUGGAGCAGGCGAUAUUUGGAAACCAUGUUAUUGGUAACCCAAACUCCAUCCCUACGAUAGAAGACAUCUACGUAGCUUCCGUGGAGUCCAACCGGGGCAUCAGAGAAAAGGUGCGGUUCUACGACACAAAGGGACUGGAUCCCAGGAGCAACCCAGAACUUCCCAAACACUACUUUGCCAUUGCGGAUGGCUUCAUUCUGAUGUACAGCAUCACCAGUCCAGAGUCCUUCCGACAGGUACAGCUGCUCAAGAAAGAGGUUGACAAGAUCAGCAAGGAGAAGGACAAGAGAGAUGUUUCUCUUAUUGUCGUUGGCAACAAGGCUGAUUUGUACAAGGAGAGACAGGUGGAAUACGACAUGGUGUGUGCAUGGGCCCAAAAGGAAAAAGUUCCACUGUACGAGGUGACAGUAGCCAAUAGGAAAGUAUUGAUGGAACCCAUCGUGGCUUUGACAUCUAGGCUCACCCUACCUAUUGUGAAAUCCAGUUUCCCGUUAUCGGUGCGCAUCAAGCCCAGACAGAUGACAAGCACAGCCUCUCAAGAUGUCUGAACCCAACGAUGGGUCAGCCAGGGGUCAUGGUUCAUCCAGGGGUCACAGGCAGAAUGCCCCAUCAUUUAUCCAGUGCAAUAGUGGUGUCUUCUUUGAGUUCACUACAGGGGCUAUUUUCUAUGGAAUUGCUUAUUCCUAGUUAGAUUCCAAUGGGAAAAGGUCACUCAAAUUAAAUUGUUACAAGCAGAAGAGGUUAACAAGUACCGGAUGUAAGGUACCAUUUGUCCCCCCCCCCCAAUUUUUUUU